CGCGCUAAAUAUCGUACGAAUGUUUUGAGUACGGGAAAGAUUAUGUCGUGUAAAAUGGAACUUAUAAAAAAUGUUUUGGAGAAAGUGGCGAAUAGCAAAGGCUUUGGUCGAUGUAUGAAAAAUGUAAAGUUGUUGUCGGCUGGCGAUGGAAAGUGCAAAGCACAAUUUACUGUGGCUGAGGAACAUUUGAAUGUUGGUGGUUUUUUACAUGGUGGUUUUACUACUACUGUUAUAGACUGUCUAUCUACAUAUGCAUUAAUGACUCACAAAACUGAUCCUCCUCCUGGUGUUUCUGUAGAUCUGCACGUGACGUUUUUGAAGGCUGCAUUUCCUGGUGAAACAGUGACGGUUGAUGCUAAAACUAUACGUACCGGGAAGAAUUUGGUUUUUCUCGCGGUCGAGCUUACAAAGAAUGACGGUAAGGAUAUUGUUGCCCGUGGGCAACAUACGAAAUAUCUUGGAUCGUCAUUUAGGCAAUAACACUAAAGAUUAUCAGCUUGAUUCGAAUGUCGAUAAAUGUACAUAAAAUAAAGAGUAGAAUACACUAAUUACAUAUGUGUAUGUCGUUUGAAAAGUUUUGAGCCUAACAUAGAAAUAACAAGUAUUUUUUGAUCAAAUUUAGUUUUAUUUUUCAACAUAGUCUCCUUUUAAGUCGAUACACUUCCCAGCGAUGCUCCCAGCCAUCCCUUUAACCUAUUCAAAUAAUUUUUGGCGUCUUGCUCCGCAAAAUAUGCUUCUACGGAUGCGACAAGGUCGUUCAAUGAAAAUCUCUGCCUUCCGAGCUAAACUUUGAGGAAACAGAAAAAAGUCGCUGAGGACCAGAUCUGGUGAAUACGUGGAUGGUCAAUCAAUUCAAACCGCAAUUCAUGAAUUUUUGCCAUGGCGACCGUUGAAGUGUGAAACAGUUCAGCGCUAUCUUGAUGGAAAACAGCACUUUCUUCUUCAAAUACUACUGUUUUUUCACAAUUUCUGUCUUCAGCCUGUCAUUAAUGAUGCAUAGUACACUUUCAUUAUUGUUUAUCUUUUUCAAGAUAGUCAAUGAACAUAAUCUAUAAUGCGUGUAAAAAGCCUAUAUGAGUCAGCACUAGAUGUAUGGGUGCAAAUAAUAUUUUAAUUUAAAUAUAAAUAAGUACAUAAACGCGUUUCGAUCCUUAUUUUAUCAGCAUGAAAGUCAUAUAUUCUAAUAUACAAAUUAAAGAGUAUAUAAAUUGUGAUGUGUGUUAUUCGCAUAAGAGCAUCGUUAAUAAGUUGUGUAUCGAUGAACAUAAUUCCAUGACUAUUCC